UGUCGUUGUUAGUUCAAGCUCUUGUCGUUCCUUUAAAUAUAUUCAACGUUCAUAAAUUCAUAUCGGUGCAUAUCGGCGAAGAAUAACGCUUGAUAGCACAUUGUGGCUUUAACUGCAAGUGUUUGGUGGUUUUUUGAUAUAUUUAAAAGUAUUGUACACUUUUAAAUGCCUCUCGUAAUCAAAGAGAAUUUCUGAGCGGAGCCGCGGUGUGAGAUAUGACUGUGAAAUGCAUCCAGGGAAAAAUGAUGUCUCCAUUAUCCGAAAACCAUGUUUGCCUAUAAGAAUAAAGAAAUAUCAUGAAAAAAAAUAAUUAAAGGACGAGAGAGCAGUUUCUUUGAUUUCGACGAUUUCACCGAUCAUUGCACAAACAACACUCCACGUCGUCAAGAAAUCAACGAUCGUUUCUUACGCGUGUGUCACUCGUCUGCUGCCGGGUAUAACCGCGAGUACGACCCAUCUACAAAAAUUUCACGUUAUCCAAGAAAUUUAUGCGGCCGCCGAUCAUCAUCAUGGACAAGUAUCAAGCUGAUCGAUCGUUGAGCACCGUGUCAAAUAUCAUACCGUUAUCCAUCAGCGAGAGUAUCAAUCCUAUGCGAGACCGUCUGCAGUGUCCGUUAUGUGUAUUCGCAACGUCAAGCAGGCCAGAAUUUACCGAGCAUCUACGUAGCCGUUGCACGCCGAAACAACGCAACACGUCCAAUCUUAAAGCCGUUCUUGCGCAUUUACCAGCCCUUAAAUCCCCUUUUGAUCCACACGGCGACAGCUGUUUUUCAUUCACCCUAACGGAACAUGAGACAGUAGAUGAGCACCAGACCGACGAGCAGUCUUCUCUUGGUGCUUACCGCGUGACGCCACGUGAAAACAACGUAAACGGGAGGCGAGACAGAAGCUUAUUAUUCCGAGAGGCUAAGACGUGCAAGCAUUGCACGUUCAUAGCUAGCACAAAGAUGGAAUAUUGGGAGCACAUGCGUUGCCACAUCAAAGGCUUUACAUGCUCCGAAUGCUCUUUCGUUACCAAGUACAAGCAUCACAUGAACCAUCACUGGCUUAGUGCUCAUCACGACGGCUCCAAACCGUUUAAAUGCAAAAAGUGUUUGUACACGUGCGUGAGCAAAUCAAUGCUGACCAGCCACCUAAAGAAGCACUCCAACAUCUAUCCGUACAGAUGCGCGGACUGUACAUACAAGAGCAAGUUCUGCAACGCGCUAAAGAAACACCUGCGAAAUAAAAAACAUCAGCCGGCGAUGGUGUUGAACGCUGACGGUUCGCCGAAUCCGUUGUUCCGCAUCGACGUCUACGGUACCAAACGCGGGCCCAAGCACAAUAAGCUAUUUGCUUCCGCUAAAGAGCAGCAGGAGGACGUAAAGAGUACUGUCGCGACGAUGACCACCACCGCGAACGACGAUCAGCAGCUCGGUUCAGCAUCAGUGACUUGUCCCGCACUCUUGUCACUUUAUUCGCCGAUCGCUCGGCGUCCGCGAACUGUAACCGCGAUAAACGGAAUAAACGAUGUUUAUUCGAGAAAUCAAAGUGGCAUAAAUAAGAACACAUCUGUCGCGACGUUUCCUUAUUACAGAGAUUUGGUUGCCGCAUUUAAUCUGUCGAGUCACGUUUCGUUUUGCAAAGACGCGACAUUCUACGAAAAUGUGCGGAGAACGGAUCACGCGCAGUCCGGUACGUUAACGGAGUACGCAAAGAUUUUAAAUGUCAGGAACAAGAUGCCGGAUAUGUUUGCUCAACGUCUGCCUGUAACUAUAUUCGACACGACAAACAACAUCAUGAGCGAACAUCACUCUUCAGAUAGCGUGAAAGCUCCUAGCGACGCCUCGACGACAUUCGUGGCGGUAAAAACCACCCAGCUAGACUACCAGACGACUAGAGAUUCUACAUCAAACGUGCCGUUGGAUCUCCGCAUGGCCGAUGAGGUGCGUGGAAAGACGCAGUUUCGGUUUCAGGGAUUAGCGCAACGUGGUGCGACGUCACCAAAAGUCACCCGCGGCACCAGCAAACGUAAGGGUAAAGCGAUCAAGUUGGAGCGUCGCGUGGUAAAAGAGAACACGGACCAAGAGCCAAGGCGAAACGGAGGUGUGUCUUUCGAGUCGUCGCCAGACAGUACGGCCGGUUUCCGCAAAGUAAAUCAGAGGAUCAAGGACACUAAGGACGAAACCGUUGCCGAUUUAUUCGAUGCCGAGCUGCUCAUCUGUCAUUACUGCGAGAUUAUAUUCGGCAACGUGAUCAUGUACGCCAUGCAUAUGGGUUGUCACACGUUUGAUGAUCCUUACACAUGCAAUAUAUGCGGCCAACAAUGCAUCGAUAAGCUAUCCUUCUUUCUACAUAUCGCUCGAUCGGAGCAUUAAGUAAAAGUAAAAAUGUCUAGUCGAAUUUGCCUCUGACACUUCAAUCGAAAGAAGGAAAACGUUAUGUGCGUCGUGAAUACGCCAACUUUUGACGUUAAAAAGAAUAAACCAUGGCAAGAUGUAGGGAAGAAAAUUUUCAACAUUUCUAGUCGAGAUGAGUAUUGAAUACAAAAAGAUACCUAUACGAACGUUUGCGUUUGCCAGCUCGAUAGAAAAGCAAAAGGUUAUAUAUAUAUAUAUAUAUAUUUUGAUCGAUAUUGUAUAUGUGCAUAUAUAUUGCUUAAACGAUAUAUGUUGCAGCGCGACAUACAGUGGAGGUCAGUAUGACGGGUUGCCCAUUCGUGCAGGCGCGCGUGGUCAUUCACAGCUACAUUCACUUUUGACGCGCCUACGCAGCUGUGACCGACCAUGCGCGCCUGCACGAACGGGCAACCCGUCAUGCUGUGUGACCUGUAUGUCGGUUCAACACAACCUACAUACAUAUGAAUCGAACUGACAAAUCAAUUUCAGUCGAGGCUAUAUAUUUCCAAACAAAUAUUUUUAACGAGAUAUACAUGCACAGAUGAUGUAUUCUAUGAAUGUACACCUCAAAUUUCGCCGUAUACUUGUCGAACUGAAAUGGACCGAAGGUAUCGAAAAUCGAAAUACCGCAAAUUUAAUCUUUAAUGUUGUUUGUUGCAUUUUUAUGAUGAUGAAACACAAAUGUGGAGCUCAUUUUUGCACAUAUAUAUAUAUAUAUAUAAGAGAUAAGAUACAGAUGUUAUGCAGAUCUCAAUCUUUAUCAAUAUAAAGACUGAAUAGACGAAAAAUAACAGAAGACGUGCUGUGAUUUAGAUUAAACUGAUAUUUCUUUCUCUUUGCACACACGUGCUUUCCUUAAUUCUUUUAUUUUUCUUUCUUGCGUAAUACAAAGUCGCGAUAUUCUGCAUUUACACGAUCUAAUUAAGAAGGUAGACUGCACGCUUGACAAGCAAAAAAAUAGACCUCUUUUUUUAAGUUAAAUAUUUAAGAAAUAUAAGUAUUUCUUUUGCUGGUGGUGGACAUAUGAUUCCAAAGUAACAAAAAAUCUAAAACAAAAUGAAAAAACGACGUCACAACCUAUAGAAAAGUGUGUCUCUAAAAUUUGUUGAAAGCAAAAUUUGAAAAAAAAAUUCUUUUAAAUUUUA